UUGUUGGAAGUGUCAAGAGUGUUUGCCUUGAUGCUUUUUCUCUUGCGGAUGAUAGUGAAGUUCUUAAUGGAAGAUGAUUUCAAUCAAUAGCGCCAGACAGCUGAUUUAUGUAAUGGAAUCAAGCAGAAGUCGUGGUCUCCAUCUGCAGAGUGAAGUGGGAGGGCAAAGCUACUAGAGAAUAACCAGGGGACUCCACAAGUCGAUUUGCUGGUGUUCAGAAACCGGCUCCCCAUCAACGAGCCUCGGGAGGGCUUCAGCGAGCAGCCUGCUUGAGCCUGGAUGCUGAAAAGUGACGGUGAGGCUGGUCCUGCUGCUGUGCUCGGUCUGCGCCCGCCUCUGCCACAUCCUACAGUGAGCGGGGUCUGGCCGCCGCUGAGCGCUCUUGGCAGCCUGGCUCUGCCUAGGACUGACAAGUUAAGCAGGUGAGGGCUGGGGGGUGAGCAGGACUCAAUCAGGAGCUGCAUAGCCCAAACCAAAAUUUAGUGAGCAAACGGCAAGAGAGGACUUGAGUCAAGAGAGCCAGCCAAGUGGAACUGGAGGCAAUGUCAUCAUUGGUAAAGGAGGACUUGGAGAAGAAAUUGUUUAAGCCUCUCUCGCAGAAUCUGUACGAGUUCAUUGAAAUAGAGUUCUCGGUCCAGGACAGGUACUACCUCUGUGUGUCAGUGACCAAAAAAGAAGAAGUAAAAAUAAUUAUGGUGAAACACUACAGAAUAGGUUUAGAUGAAAAAUAUGAAGUAACCAAAAGAUGGUCUUUGAAAGAUCUGCAGAAAAUUGAUGGAAAAGAGGCAGAUACCGACAAUCCAUUUUUUGAUCUGCACUUCAAAAAAGUGUACCGUUUGGAAGCGUAUAGUUGUGCUUCUAAAUAUGCCUUUGCUCGAACUGUAAAUAAGCUGAAUCAUGUGUAUCUUAAGAAGGACUUACAGAUUGUGAAUUUUGAUUCUACUUACAUUAAUGAUGAUGUCAUUUGGUCCUCCAACAAUAAGGAUUGCUUGGUUCUUAUGAAAAUAUGCUUUUAUGCUUUCAAUCUUGUAUGCUUGUCUUUGUGUCCUCUUCCACUCUGAAGAAUUACGUUUUUUCACCAGUAUUUAGAGAAAAAAAAUUCCCUAAGUAAAGGCUAAGACAUGACUUUGCUUUCUCCCCUAACUUUAUGACUAUUAUUUUUAUGAAAAUAAAGUAACGUUUUCUUUAUGGAUUAUAAAGAAAUGUGUUUU